AUGGAAUUGCCGGUUCGAUGCGGUAUUUGCUCCGACGUCCGUGUUACAGAUUUCCAGCAGCGAUGUCUUCAACCCAUCGCCAGCUUGAGACCCAAUCGCUCCAAUGGACCGCGGCGAAAAUCCCCCACGAGAAAGACAACUCGAUCGAACAACAACAGCUGAUCGUCCCAGGUCAACUACAAUGCUCUGCGGAAGACUUGCAUCGAGAGCGGCGCUCUCUGGGAAGAUCCUGAUUUCCGAGCCGAUGAAUCUUCACUUUCGUCUGGCGACGCCCAAUGGAUCCGGGAAUUGGGACUCGAUCCAUCCAAGGUCAAAUGGAGGCGACCGUUCGAAAUGACCGAUGAUCCGAAGUUCUUUGUCGAGGGACUGUCAUCAAGCGACGUGUCGGAAGGCUGCGCCGGAAACUCUUGGUUCAUCGCGGCAGUCAGCGCCCUGGCCCGCCAAAAAUCCCUAUUCAACAAAGUCGCACCCAGUGCUGCGGCGCACCCGCUGGUCGUCCAUCCGGAGACUGAGAAGCGAAGUAAAUUCACAUAUUGUGGUCUGUUCCGAUUUUUCUUCUAUCAUUUCGGAGAAUGGCGAGAGGUGCUCAUCGAUGAUCGACUGCCGUGUCACCCGGAUACCGGUAUCCUGCUUUUCAGCAAAUCUCGAACCAAGGACGAGUUCUGGCCCAUCCUGUUGGAGAAGGCGUACGCUAAAUAUCUCGGCUCUUACGAAGCGCUCAAAUCGUAUUCGCUCGCCGACGCUUUGGUGGACUUCACUGGAGGAAUCAGCGAGUCGUUCGGAUUCGAAGGCGCCGAGCUCACGCCGCAGAGUCGGGACGAUUUCCAUUCGAGACUCUCCGAAGCGCAUAAAAACGGUGCGCCAAUAUGCGCGAUUCAUCAACAAAGCUCAUCUGCUGAAGACGACGUUUGUGAAGGACGUUUACCGUGCGGGAUUCUGAAGAACCGGCCGUACACGGUGACAGGCUUCACCAGCAUCGACAUAUCGGCGUCCUCAGCGAUUCGAACACUAUUCGGAGGAAGACAGCAGUUACGGAUGGUCCGAUUGCAGGACCCUUGGGCCGACUCCAAGUACACAGGACCGUUCGGACAAAACUCGUUGAAACGGCAGAGUCACGGAUCGGUUCGGAGUCGCUCUAGCUCGAGUCUACAAAAAAGUGCUGCUGACCAGAAGGGAGCUGCCUCCUACGUAUAUCCAACGCAGAAGUUGCUUACGAUGUAUUCCAGUUCCGUCGAAUGGACCCGGCUCAGCCACAGCGAGCGCUCGAAAUUGGGACUCAAACUCGAACAGGCUGCUGAAUUCUGGGUCACCUACGACGAUCUACUGAAAUAUUUCAACCAUUUCGUGAUUUGUCGUCUCACUCGCCACGUCAGACUGCUGGGCCUCGGCGACGGUCUGACGGAAAUUGCUUUCAGCGGGGAGUGGACCAUAGGCUCCGAAGGCGCUCCACAUGACCGAGCGGGCGGCUCAGCGACUGAAAGCUUCUUGAGGAACCCACAGUUUCUCCUCGAUGUGACGAGCGAUCGAGCGGAACUUCUCGCAUACAUCAUGCAGAGAAGGCCUUUCAAACCCGCGGGCUUCCGAGCCAUGAAGGUGGAAUCCAAUCGACGAUUCCGGCUGCAUCGACAGAGGGACAUCGUGUUCAGCUCGGAAUUCAAGGAUGUCCGUGACCAUAUUUGUCGAAUGGAGCUCUCGAGAGGUCGUUACGUUAUCGUUGUAUGCACCUUGGAAGCCGAAACUACGCACAAUUUCUUCUUUCGAGUCGUUUCCAAGCCGGCCAGCUUCACCAUGCGGCCACUCAUCUCGGACCAACCUCAGAAAACGCUCCUAACGAGAAAGCUCCCCAUCCUGGUGACAUACGUGAGGGUGAUUCAAGCCACGGAUCUCAUCCGUAAAUCUCCUCUCUCCCUGACUCCGUAUUGUGUGGUCCAAUGCGAAGGAACCUCGGUGCGUUCCCAGACCUCCAAGGAAACAUCGCCUAUGUGGGAUUUCGAGGUGCUGCUCUACCGUAAAGAACCGACAUCUGAGGUCCGGGUUCAGGUCUGGAACCACAGUGUCGUCAUGGAUUCAUGCAUAGGAAGGGCAUCCUUCGCGCCCGGGGCAUCCAACCAGCAAUCUAAAACAGUGAUGGAACUCCCCCUGAGUCUAAAGAAGACCGCGGGCCUACAAGGGACUGUGACGCUCGAAGCGUACACAACCGAUGAUCUCCUUUCAGUGUGA